GCCAGCGGGCACCAAAGGAGAGGACAAACACACCGGCCCGACCUCUUGGCAAGCUCACGUGGACCGAGCUGUCCUCGUGGUCGUGGGCGAAAACACCUCUCGGUGGAGCCAGCGAGGCACCACCGGUCCUAGCCUUCUCUAACUCCCGUUUCGCUUCUUCUUCCCCGGCAGGCGUCGGGAUUCUGUCAACUCCCGCGGCCGCCCAGUUGAGCUCAGCGAUUCCUCGGCGCCGAAAAAAAAAAAACCAAACAAAUAACCCGGACCAGACAGGCGGGCGGGCGGGCGGCGGAGUGGCAAAGCCAGGGCCGAGCGAAGCAACAACCUUCGGACAGGAAAGGAAGUGCGUCUUGUCCUCUGGCAGGGCGCGAAGAGCUUUCUGCGGGCUUCGACUUGGGAGAAGCAGUAGAGGAGCUGAGGCCAUGCUGAGUGAAACCGAGACCUCCGUUCACCUAGCUCUCCAAAAAGCGUGGCUACAAUUAAGCUUGCAAUCAACUCCUUUAAACACUAUCCAGAUAUGGAAAACCCAGAGGUUGAGUCAGACUUUCUCCGAAGUGUGCAUGCCCUUCUCCGGGAACUUGAUGGCCAUCAUCCAGCCUUCCAAAGUGAGAGAGGGAUGCUAAGAUGGACCUUGCACAAGAAAAUUGACCGCAAUCCCCAAAAUGGAAUUCUCUGGAUUAAAAUUUUGGUGAAAGAACUUGAAAGAGCAGAAAGAUGUAACCAUCAGAAGCACAUCAUCCCCCUGGUUCACACACUGAUGUAUACGCUGAUCAAAGUGCCUUGCUUACCUGAUGACCUAUAUGAGAGAGUCUAUGAUUUCUUCAAGAAGUUGCUUACUUUGCCCAAGCCUUUCUGCACUAUUGGUUUGGAUUAUGCUUGCCAGCUGAAACUAGAACGGGCAAUCCCAGGAAUAUUAUACCAAAGGAAAGUCUCUGCAGAACAAGGCCUCAAAAAUGACUCAUUCCCUUAUCAGGAUAAGAUUUUCAUGUUUGUUGAUCCAGAUUUGCUCUCUGGGGCUGUAUGCCAAGCACUAGUUGAUGAAAUCAAGGCUGCCCAAAUGUUCCAGUGUACCAGGUCCUGCAUGAUCUAUGUGAUAGCACAUGCUUUCCAAACAGGGCUGAAGGAACAUUGUGAUAUGAGGAACUUGCAUGAAGCAUUUCAGGCAAAGCCCUUAGAUGAGAUUGAACACUGUUUCCAAGAAGUGAUGGCAGCAACUGAACAUGCGGUUGAAGACAUGAACGUGGAAUAUAGUCGAUAUGUUGAGGCCCUUGAGAACAUCUACAGUACAUUGCUGAGUUCUUCAGAGAGAAGGGUGAAGUCUUCAGUAGACAAAAGUUCAGACAUCCCUUUGCCCAACCCUAAAAUCAGCUUCCAUCUGUGGACUGAUGAAGACCAACUUUGGAAAGAGCUGGUGCAGUUUCUCCGUUCACCAAGUCAAUGUGGUGAACAGGAUUCUCUGAGUCCAGGAUUGGAUGGCUUUGAAUUUCAAGAUCUGGUGCCAGACUAUGACUGCUGUGAACAGACACGUUUCUCUGUGCUCUCCAAUGACAGUGGGAUUGAGCGGGACUUGCCCCUUCUGGCUGAUGACAUGCCAACUUCCUGCAAUGCUGAGACUGAGCAUUCUCGACUCCAGAGAAAGGGUUGCAUUAAGAAAAAAUAUGCAGACAGUGUAGCUUUGCUUCAAAGUAAUUGCAGUGGCCAAGGUGCAAAGCCAACUGGGAAACUGCACCGGAAAUCUGGUGGUAGUACCAUAGAACCAAUAGUUAAAGUGAAAAAACUGCAUAGAGCUCGUGUCUUAGUGCUGGGUGAUGACAGGGUACUGGGACGCCUUGCCCAGGCCUAUCACUCUUUGAGGAAGCGAGAAAGCAGGCGGGUGUUUCUUACACAAAGGCUAAAAGUAGAUUUUUAUUAUGUGCCUCUUGUUGAAGAGCAACCAACCUCGUCCCUUAUUGAGGGAGAUCCAUGUGAGUUGGCUGCCUAUAUUGGAAGAGUUGAUCCGUGGUACGAGAGCAAUAUUAAUUCCCUCUGUUACACGAUUCCAAAGCUGGCCACCAUGCUUUCUUCACCAAGCAAAUCCACACUCUCUGAAUUGUUCAUUAUUGAUGUGAUUGCAUAUUAUGUGCGUCUGGGCUUACAGCCAGUUUUCUUCCAAGUCUAUGCAGUGAAGAUUUUUUUUAAUGAUGCUGCCUUGGAACCAGCUGAGGACAUUUUCCUCACUGAGUUAAGAAUAAACUUUGAAGAGUUCAACACUUCCAAAGACAAUUUACCAACAAAGAAGAAACCAACAAUAGAAUUUCCUGGUGCAGAACUUACAUUAUUUUAUAAAAAGGUUUUGCUGAGUAACCGUGAAAAGGAUGAGAUAAUUUCUUUGCGAUCUACAGGCCUUGUUAUAAAAACCAUUCCCUCACAUGAAUUUGAAGGUAAAAGUUAUGAUCUAGUGUGCUUGACUGCAAAUAUUGAUGAAGUCAUAAAAACCUCAGGACGAUCAUAUUCUCUAAUGACAAAUACUAUACGAAUGCGCAACAUCAGCCUCAGAAGUACAGACCAAAGAUCUUUUACUGUAUUCCUUGACAAGGAUUCCAGGCGAGCCUAUAAGAAUGUUAUCAGUAUUCAAGUGUUUCCCUGCCUAGAACCCAGCUACUGUUUGCAAAAAUCAAGAACAAAACAGACCAAGUUGCAAGAGGAAGACGACGAUGAUAUAGGACUGGCCAAAUACUUACCUAAGUCUUUACUGUUACCCAUCAAUACUUUUGCAGGCAUUAUUCGAUAAAGAAGCUGAUAAUCCCAACCUUUCAAAUCUUUUUUUGAGUUUCAUUAGGAAUUAAUCCAAUGAAAGAAAGAUAUCAAGAUAAAAGAAAAAAGUAUUGCCAAAAGAACAAAACUGGCUUUUAGCAAUAGAAAAAAGAAGAACUCAUCCAAUAUAGGAAAAUUUUGUAGCUUUGCAAUAGCAUGACAGGCCUAAGGAAUCAGAACAACUCCAUGAAUAAGCCAAAGCAGUUUAUUUAUUGUUGGUGACAAGUUUACAAGAAUCUUGCCAAACUGACUGCAUUCCUUGAGAACCAGGGAAUAAGGGCUUCACUAGUCUGGCCUUUGUGGCUUCCUACCACAGACGGACACAGUGCUGUUGCAUCUCUUUACUCCCCCCUCUCCUUUAACCAGUGAUUCUACCACAUUGCAUGAGAUAAAAGAAAGUGGGCUCUGAUGCAGAAGAAAACAAGGUAUGAAAUCUUUAAGCUACUAUACUGUGUUUUCUUUGAAUACAGCAGUUCUUUUUUACGAGAUUAAGAAAGAAUUGCUUUCAUUUUAUCAUGUGUAUGGUAAAUGUAAUUAGAUUCCUUACACAGAGGCUUUAAUUAAAUCUCAGCUGAGGCAGGUGUUGUCAUAAAUUUAUCACAGAUAAGCUUAUUAAAAAAAACCCAUAGAUAGAUAAGCUUUGUUCCAAAAUUAAGAAUUUAGAUUCAAUGCAAUGUUUGCAAUGUUUAUUUCAUUAGAAAAUAAGUGGAAGAAUAUUAAACAAAUGUGUGCAUGAAUCCGUACACGCAUAAUCAUGUAAGAACCAUAGUGGUGCAAUGGUUAGAAUGCAUUACUACAAGCUACUUCUGCUGACUGCUGGCUGUCUGCACUUUGGCAUUUUGAGUCCCACCAGUUCAAGGUUGACUCAGCCUUCCAUCCUCCGGAAGUCGGUAAAAUGAGGACCCAGACUGUUGGGAGCAAUACGCUGACACUGUAAACCACUUAGAGUGGGCUAUAAAGCUCUGUGAAGCGGUAUAUAAGUCUAAGUGCUAUUGCUAUAAUGGUAGUCAAAGAAAUAAGAAAAUUUAUAAAUUGUAUAGUGACUGCCUUUAUUUCUGAUUGUCCCCUUUUGCUUAUAUAUGAGCUUAUCUACAUUCAAUACAUUAUCUACAUUCAAUACUUUUUCAGGAAGCUAGUAUUUAUUUCAGCAAGUCUUUUGGUGUUACUUAGCACCUCGGCUUGCUUUGGUCAUCUUGACACCAAUGGUCUCACAUUGCAAGAAACCUAAAUUUGUUACUUGAAUGCUCUGUUGUUAUCCCUCUUUCUCACUUCCUCCUAAAAUAAUGUCUUUGUGACCUUCUUUCCAAUUGUUUUCUAACUUUAUUGAUAUAUUUUCUCUGGCCUGGAGCUUAAGCUUUACCUUUCCCACUCAAUCAUGGGUCCCUUGGGUUUAAAAAAAAAGCAUUUUAUUGAGUUAUAAGAUACAAAAUACAAAAGUAAAUAGGAAGGCAGUGGGGGAGAAAGAGGGAAGAGAAGUGAGGAAGGACUGGGAAAAAGAAAAGUUAUUUUUGACUCCCUCUGUUGCAGUAAAAUAAAGUAUUAACAUCAAACCCCACAACUUUUUGCUUUUUCAUACUAAUAUAAACUAGCCAUUUCUAUAAGUAUCUAUGGGUCCCUUGGUUUUGAUCUUGUUUUAUGUCCUGGGAUUUUCUCAGCCUCAUUUCAGUCUCUUUUUAAAAUGCCUUUGUUCUCCAGUCACAUUAUGUGUCUAAAUAAAUGUUUUUAGUAUACAGAUAAAUGUAUCCUUGAAUCAUCCCAGUUAGUCCAUGCAGUUUUCUUGGCAGUGUUACAAAAUAGUUCUUCAGUCUUACCUGCACCACCACACCUUUGCACUUUUAGUCUACUCUGGAAUUCCCAG